GGUCGAAUAUGAAGAAUAAAAUAUGGAUUGAGACUGCGUCGGGGGAUAAAAUGGAGACCGGAUUGGCCACGUUGGACACAAUGGAGUGCACCAAGUGCAGGCAGUACUUUCAUACGGAGGACUGUCGACGAGGCCGAAGACGUCAGAGUCGAGCUCCGUCGAAUGAGAACCAGGGAAGAAGAUCUGAAGACGUCAACAAACAUCGGAAGGACCCAGGCAAGAGGAACCGAGACGGAGGUACCAAGGGCCUUUGGAACCAAGACUCUCAGCACAAGGAACGCAGCCGGCAGCAAGUCAUGCAUCUUCAAUCAGGAAUAGUCCAGGGAAGAAGAUCUGCAAGUCGGCAACAAACAUUGGAAGGACCCAGGCAAGAGGAACCGAGACGGAGGUACCAAGGGCAUUUGGAACCAAGACUCUCAGCACAAGGAAUGCAGCCGGCAGCAAGUCAUGCAUCCAUUCGGAGCGGUAGGUCAAGGAGCUACCGACCCAGGAUUCGGCCCCAGAUGGGACCACUGGGGAUUAUCCCACAAGGUGUAGGAGGCGAGCUCAGCACGGGACAAGGCGGAAUGCAUCCACAAGACUUUGAAGCAGCCAGGAACUAUUAUUAUUGGGCAGCCAUGGCGAUUGUGAACAGAAGCUUCGUGAAUCCUACAGGGAGCUUGCCUCAACAGGUGCAAGCCCCCAGAGGUCAACCUGGUCCGCAAGGAGGAGGAGCACACUUGUUCGGGCAACAAGGUGGAGGUGUACAAGAAGUCAGGCAGGGGCACAGACAGGAGGCUCGUCAGGAAGAGAGACGAAGGGUCACUGCUACACCUACCUCGUCACGCCCCAUCCGACAGGGCUAUGGAAGGUGGUUCACCAACUCGAGGACAGGACCGGACCAAGGGCAAAAGAACACCUCGAGUCGCUCGCGGGGGCUGUCAGCCGGAAAGCAACGUCGAUUAAGCUUCUCGGGGCAGGACCUGCAGCCAGAACAAUCGAGGCUCUCAAGAAGUGACUCGGAUUGAUCAAUCAGCCAUGAAGUAGGCAUAGUCACACCAGGCAACAAAACGGCCAGAGAUAG